AUGGAUGUCAGUCAGAUGAAGCUGUGUCUGUUAACUGUCUUCACCCUUCUCCUUCUGGAGGCUCUCUGUACUCUUGGGUCAGACCAACCACCAAACAUUCUGAGGGAGAUUGUAGGGAGACAUUCUGACAGGCAAAAAACUUCUCUUCUGAAUCCAGCUCUGGGGGGCAGAGUUCCUCCUCUUGUAAGCCAACAUAUCAUUUCCAGCCCAGAGACACCUCCAGAUCUUAUAGAUUCUUACGUUUCUGAUUAUUCUCAUGUUUUCGGUGACAAUGUCAACUUAAACUGGUUGAGGUGGAAUGGCUCCAUCCCCAAUGGUGCCGUAAGCAUUUAUAAUGGCUACACAGAACGCAUGGACUAUAUUUGCAAGUAUAACUGUGAGGCAGGCUUCUACACUCCCAGCAAGGGACCAUACUGUCUAUAUCCCUAUGGAGACCGGGAGUAUGCUGCCCCUCAGUUUGACAUCCUGGUUAAUGUGGACAACUUUGAGUUUCUGGAGUGGAAGGAGGAUUCUUAUGGCUCAGUGCCCAAACACUCUGUUAGAACCUGUGCAGGUGUUGGCAUCUUCGUAGGGAAGAACAAAUAUGGGCUUGGUAAGGUGGUUCCUCAGUUCGAGGCCUUCUUCCUACCAUGGGAGGGUGAUGAGUACUGGUACAAGAGCUAUCAGGUUCUGACCAUCAACAGGGAUGCCUACAGCCAACACAUCUCCCAUGUAGAGUAUGGCAUUGAUGAGAUCGAGCUCUUCCACUACCCCCCUGAGACCAUGAGAAUCUCCAGCGUCGCCAAUUAUGACUGUCAGACUGUGACCAAGACUGUGACCAUCUCCAAGACAACAGAGGUAGAGAGCACAUGGAACAUUGGCCGCUCCACCAUGCUCGGUGUCACGGCCGGGAUCACUGCUAAGAUUCCGCUGAUUGGCACAGCUGGUGUGGACUUCAGUGCUGAGAAGACCCUCCAGUUCAAUCGGGGUACCACACUGGUGGAAGUUCUUAGUCACUCUGUAUCAGUAGAGCUUAGAGUACCACCCAACCACUCCUGCUCAGUGCGUAUGGAAGGCCGCAAGAUAACUGCUGACAUACCUUUUAAAGCAAAGCUUAGCCGCACAUACGCUAAUGGAGAGACCCAGUGGACCUCCAUCAAUGGUGUGUAUGAUGGUGUGCAGAUUGGAGAGGUCAGGGCAGUGGUAGAUCGCUGUGAGCCCAUCACUGAUGCCAAGCCUUGUCCCUGA